UGGUGAAUGGAAGGGGCAGUGCAUGGCGUUCACCUCAAGAGUUGAGUGGGAGAUCGUUGACCUCUCAUGCUGUUGCUCCUGUGCUUUCAAGCAUUAGUUGCGAACAACUAAGAACCAGAACACAAGAACAGUACCCAAAACACAAUGGAUUGUGACCCUUAAACCAAUCUUCUUACAUUAUUAAUUGUCCGAAAUCCUAUAUUUUCAUCUGGGUUUUCUUCAAAAUCAGUUCUUUUUUUACUCGUUCCUCAUAUCUCCUUCCCCAUUUGUUCUUGUCCCGCUUCAUCUGUUUUUAGCAGCUUCUUCUGUUGAUCAUCACUCAUGUGCGAUAUUUAAGGUGACUACUGACAACCCAUAUUUCCCAACUUGUAAUUUUGGAUUAUUGUUAUGGCAGUUGCUCCUGCUGAGAGUAUUGCCUCAUUGAGUAACGACCUCUUCUACGACAUAUUACGACGUCUUGACGGCCCUACGUUGGCUUGUGCAGCUUGCACUUGCGCAUCAUUUUGUUCCAUCUCAAAAGAAGAGAUCUUAUGGGAAAAUGUGUGUUCGUCUAUGUGGCCUUCAACAAACAGGGAAGAUGUCAAAAUCUUAAUAUCUUUUAUUGGUGGAUUCAGAAAAUUCUACGCAGAUUGUUUUCCUCUUAUUGUUAUCAAGGAGGUUGGAGAGUAUCAAUGGAACAGCUAUCAUGAGUACCCUGAUGAUUGGACUGAGGCUGAAUAUUAUGGGGAUAUGAAUGAAUUGGAAAGCAUCUCUCCAUCAGAUUUUGUUUCUAUUGUGGAUAUCAAGUUUAAGGAGAAACCAAUAUGCUCCAAAGUUUUAUGGGGAAUUCCAAACGCCAAUGGCUAUAAUGGGUGGUUCUACAACUGUCCUUUCCGGAUUGAUCUUCUGAGUUGUGCUGAUAGAGAUGAUAACAAUGGUGUGGUUACCCUUUCUGUUUCUGAUGGACUGCCACCAAUUACUUCUAUGGAAAGGGAAAAGAAAGAUGGGAAGCUAUGGCGGGAACUUCGUGAUGGUCUCUUGCUUAGUUGGAUCAUAGUAAACAAGAAAAUUAAGCAAUCUGCUAAUCUUGCUAGCUGGAGCCCUCUAGAUGGACAAAGACAUUGGCCAACAGACAAGGAUUUUGUCUUUCGUUUUGGAUCUGUUCUCCCUGCCGAGGAUGUUCUUCCUUCUCAAGUAGUGCAGUGCAUCUUCAUUAUGAAGUUUAGAGUGGUUCACACUGAACAAGAAGGGGUUCAAACAACACUUAGAUCAACAGAGUUGAGUAUGCAGUUGGAAGACAUGGAAGGUGCGCAUGUUAAUGGGAGGAAUAGUUUGCUCAUUCUUAAGAAAGCACUUAGUUGCCGAAGAAGCACAAAUUACAGUGAAGUACUUGAAUCUUGUCUUGCAUACUCAAAAAUGCAAAAUAAGUUAAAAGAGGAGAAGAUUAGAAACGAAAGUAGGAUUGAUACAAUUUGUAUUCUUAGUAGCAUUGUUGCUGUAAUGACAUUCUGGUACUAUGUUUUGUGAUGUGGUAAGGCAAAGGCAUUGCUCAUUUUACUGAAAUAAGCUAAUGUUGGUCUUGCAGCACAUUAUCAACUUUGGCACUCCUCUUAUGUAACACAAGAUUCCAAAAUAAAGUAAAUAAUCAAAGACAGCUUCAUUGCGAGA